AUGUCAAUUGUUGAAAUGCUCGACCAACAUCAAGAUAAUGAACGAGGCUUGUUCAAUGCCAACAACAUGUUCUGGGCGAUCAAGUAUGGACAUUAUCAAAUUGCCAAAUUCCUCUUCCACAAAAGAGUGGACAAGGAUGGAUUCACAGUGGCCGCAAUCCAAGAGGCCGCCAAAUGUCCAGACUACGAAUUGUUAGAGCUACUUGUUAGUCGGUGGGCACCAAACCAGCGUAAUCCUGCUAUCGAUUCAGCGGCAGCGUAUGGUCGACUCAACAAUGUCGUCCUGCUCCAUACUAAGGGCUAUUGCUGCACAAGGGAGGCGAUGCACUCGGCGGCCAUCAAAGGAUACUAUGACAUCGUUGUCUAUCUUCAGAACAAUAGAUUGGAGGGUUGCCAGAAAGACACUAUGCAACAAACUAUCUCAAAUGGACAUAUUGAUGUGGCGCUCUUCUUGGCCAAGAGUCGUCCAGUGACUUGUGGCAUCACCGAUUACACUGACCUGCUGGCUCGUCACGCUCCACUGCCUGUUCUUCAGCGAUUGAUUAAGGAGGGUGUAAUCACAAACUUGACGCAGGAAGCCAUGCUGGCGCAGGACAUUGGUACACUGGAGUACGUUCACAACACCUUUUCACUUCGGUACAAUCAAGGCUGUAUGGAUAUCGCCGCCAAGCAUGGUAAUCUAGAACUCAUCCAAUUCCUUUCACAACAAAAGGUUGAGCCCAGCGACAAAUGUUUGGAGGAGGCGGCGCGGGCUGGACACCUUGAAGUUGUCCAGUAUCUCCACGACACAUUCCCCAUGCUCAGAACAUCAUGCGCUGCCAUGAACGAUGCGGCAGGCAAUGGCCAUCUCUCAGUCGUCCAAUUCCUUCAUGAGCGACGCACUGAAGGCUGUACAACACUGGCAAUGAGCAAGGCAAUUAUGAAUGGACAUCGCCAAGUGGUUGAUUUCCUUAUCCUGAAUCGAUCAGAAGGGUACCAUAUCUACGAUCUGGUUGAACGCGAUGGAAAACCUAACAGCAUGAAAUGGCUUUGUCGCAGUGAUUCAUUGGAGUACCUCCAACUCCUUAAUGAUCGGUUCAAAGAAUCCUUCAUAUCCUUGUCACUCCACUAUAUCAUAGAAUCCGGUCGCCACGAUAUCAUUCGCUAUCUUCAUAACGAUAACCACCCACUUGUCACAAAAGCAACGACAAUCCACAAAUCCUCCAAACAUCACAUUGCUGGCUAUCAGAUCAACGAGCCACUUCUAGAGUAUCUCAGGUCUGGCACAGGUGCAGAACGUUUGGAAUCAUCUUAUAACAAUCGCCAGGAUAUUCGCCAAUACCUAUAUGAUCAAGUGGUCAAUCCUGUUGGGCUGGAGGCUGCUGAACUUGUAGAGGUACACAGAGCUGUAAUGCUACUCAAAAGUAUGGAUCCAAGGGGAUACAACAAGUUGCUUUCUGAUAACACGAUGAGUAAUGAUGGACCGCGUGGGACGUCUCUGGAAGUUCUCAAAUAUCUACAUCCAUUCAUUGGCCAUCCAUACCUCUAUCACGUCCAGUUGUUUGCCAAACAUGGUGAUCUGGCCAGUUUGAUGUUCCUUCAUUGCAACACACAUUCGAAGGAGAUCUUAAAGAGCCAAGUCUUGAAAACGGCCUGCAAGCAAGGACAUCUCAACAUUGUCAAGUUUCUCACGUCUUGGGAUAACAGGUUAAGAAUGUAUAUAUCGGAAGCCCUCCAACAUGCUCAUAAUCACCCGAUAAUCAAAGAUUAUCUCAACUCGCAAUUA